CCUAGAUUAGUUUGUUAUCAUCAAUCAUCCAUUUCAAGAUUUAAUCUCAAAGGUUUUAUUUUUUUGUUUGCGUCUUAAAUGGAGAAUCGUAAAGGAGGAAACUUUAGCGUACCUAGCUCCGAAGCUUUGACCACGACGCUCCGUAAUGCGAUCCAAGCUCUGGGUCGUGGUUUCGAUGUUACAUCUGAUGUUCGGCUUCUUUAUUGCAAAGGAGCUCCUGGGUCAAGACUUGUUCGUAUAGAAGAAGGACAAAACAGAGAUCUUGAGUUGUCUGAUGGGUAUCUUCUUCCUAAUGUUCCUGCUGAUAUUGAGUGUUCACGCGGCCGAAUUGGCACUCAGAGAAUCCCUGUCUGCAGCUUCCAUCAGAUGGCAGAAUACUUCAAUGAGAUAUCAGGUGUAAAGGGGAACAUACCACUCGGAUGUUUUAACGCAAUGUUCAAUUACACGGGUUCUUGGCAAGUUGAUGCAGCAUCCACAAAAUCUCUUGCACUGGUUGGAUUUUUUAUCCCGCUUUAUGAAGUCAAAUUGGUAAAUCUUAAAUUGGAUUUGCACAAUGAGAUCAGACGCGCUGUUCCUUCCUCAUGGGAUCCCGCUUCCUUAGCUAGCUUUAUUGAAAAUUACGGCACUCAUAUUGUAACUUCGGUGACCAUUGGUGGAAGAGACGUAGUUUACAUUAGACAACAUCAGUCUUCUCCUUUACCGGUAUCUGAAAUUGAAAACUAUGUGAAUGAGAUGACGGAGCACAGGUUUCAUGAAGCAGAGAGUCAAUCUAUUACCGGCCCCUUAAAAUACAAAGACAAGGAUAUUACAGUAAUAUUUAGGCGAAGAGGAGGCGAUGAUCUUGAGCAAAGCCAUGCUCGAUGGGCUGAGACAGUACCCGCAGCUCCAGACAUUAUCAACAUGACUUUUACUCCUAUUGUUUCUCUGCUCAAAGGUGUGCCUGGUUUACAACAUCUGACUCGAGCUAUCGAUCUUUACUUGGAAUAUAAGCCUCCUAUUGAAGAUUUACAAUAUUUCUUGGAUUUCCAAAUAGCUCGAGCUUGGGCUCCCGAACAGAGUAACCUCCAACGUAAAGAACCUGUGUGUUCUUCUCUCCAAUUCAGCUUAAUGGGUCCGAAACUGUUCAUCAGUGCUGAUCAGGUAACGGUUGGGCGUAAACCAGUCACAGGUCUCAGGCUGAGCUUAGAAGGAAGCAAACAAAACCGUCUCUCUAUUCAUUUACAACACUUAGUCUCUCUCCCCAAAAUCCUGCAGCCACACUGGGACUCUCACGUACCGAUAGGUGCACCGAAAUGGCAAGGACCAGAGGAGCAAGAUAGCCGCUGGUUCGAGCCAAUCAAAUGGAAGAACUUCUCUCACGUAAGCACCUCGCCUAUCGAACACACUGAGACCCACAUCGGCGAUCUCUCAGGCGUUCAUAUUGUCACCGGAGCUCAGCUCGGGGUUUGGGAUUUCGGAUCAAAAAACGUUUUGCAUUUGAAACUACUCUUCUCUAAAGUCCCCGGAUGUACAAUAAGACGGUCCGUCUGGGACCACACACCGGUUGCUUCCUCAGGGAGACUGGAACCGGGAGGUCCAUCUACAUCGAGUUCGACCGAGGAAAAGAGAGAGGACGUGUCAGGGCAAUCAGGGAAACUGGCCAAGAUCGUGGAUUCUUCAGAGAUGUUGAAAGGACCACAGGAUUUGCCUGGACAUUGGCUUGUCACUGGAGCAAAACUAGGCGUUGAAAAGGCAAAGAAAAGAAAAUCAAGGAUGGCUUCGAGCGGCAGCGAAGAUCAGGUGCCUCCUGGAGGUCCGGUGACGGUUUCAACACGUCUGAUUGAUGCCGGAUCAACGAUCAUGCAGCGACGAUUACCAUUGAAGAAGAUGAACACUCAUGUCUCUACUUUUGCGAUAUAUGGUGGUGACAUGUCCCGGCAAAUAGAGACUCACCACUACGUCCACCGCGUCAACGACGAGUUCCUUCAGUGUGCUGUUUACGCCUCUGACCGUUCCGAUGCACCUCUCAUCGGAAUUGAAUAUGUAAUAUCCGACCGAUUAUACGAAACUCUGUCUCAAGAUGAGCAAAAGCUUUGGCACUCUCAUGCUUACGAGGUUAAGUCAGGCUCGUGGGCUUAUCCACGAUUGCCUGAGGUUGUGGCUGCUCCGGAGCUCAAGAACAUAGCCAAAACGUACGGAAAGUUUUGGUGUACCUGGCAGAUAGACCGAGGUGACAAGUUACCAAUGGGUGCACCCGAACUUAUGAUGUCACCUCAGGGGGUGGGGCAAGGGGUAUUAAGGCCAGAGUUGGUGAAGAGAAGAGAUGAGAAGUACAACAUUUCGACAGAUGAAUUGAAGCACAAGAGAGCGGAGAUUGCUGAACCAGAGUGGAUCAAUCCGAUGGCUGAUUACUGGAAGCAACAUGGUAAGUGUUUUGUACUGGAUAUCGUGACUGUCGAAAUGAACCGUAACGCGCAAUUCCCGUGAACGAUGUCCUCUCAUUACUCACUUGUAUGAGUAAUGAACUUGGUAUAGAAAUCGAAUGUAUAUAGAAUAAUGUUUUACUCGAUUU